AUGAAUAAUUCCACGACAUUACCAACAGUGUUAACUGGUAGUACACUAGAAACAGUUGUUUGGUGUUUUUUUAUGCCCACUAUUCAUGCAUUUAGUCUACUUAGUAAUGUAUUAUGUAUUAUUGUUUUCUUUUCAAAAACAUUUAUUCAUAAACCGAUUGCCAUUUACUUUAUCGUUCUUCUUAUAUCCGAUUCUUUUACAUUAGUGAUUGGUUACUUUGAAAUGUUAGAAAGAGAAAAACAAAUGUUAAAUGGAAAAUUAUGUAUUCUAAAUCGAUCUGUAAUUAAAAUUGUCUCGGAUUAUAUGUUCAAUAUGGCCAGACGUAUAUGUGUUGAAUGGUUACUCUAUAAAGUACUAUGGGCACGUGUAUCUACAAUUUUAUUAGCCGUAUUAUCCAUGCAACGAUCGCGGACAUUUUUUUCAUUAUCUUAUCGUGAAACACGUUUAUGUGCUGUAUUUGCUGUAUUUUUAUCAGUCUUGGUGGCAUUUGUUAUUACCUGUUUUGAAUGGAUGAAUUUUUUUUGUUCAAAACCUGAAAAUUCAUUGUUUUAUGCUCAAUUAUUUGGAGCAAUUAUUGAAAAUCCAUUAACAAGACAAGAAUUGUUAAAAACAUUUGAAUUGCCUUUAAAUGGUGAAUAUCAAUGUUUAGAAUCAGCAAUUAGUUAUUUUGAAAAUGAUACAAUAGUUUCUCAGCGAUUAUUUGAUGUACAGGUAAGAAAACGAAUUUUUUUAUAG